AUAAUUGUGAUCAAAAUAAUGGAUGAAUUAAUUGAAUGAAUGGAUGAUUACUAUUGUGUCGAAGAGUUGUCGGAUAGAGAGGCCGUCGACAGCAGCAGUGAUGACGAAGAUUUCAGGUCACUCUUCACUUUCGACGACUCGGAGGAAGACUUUGAGACAGAAAUGGAGAGAGAAAGACAGCAACGAGUGAAUCGACACAACACUGGCAUCGCUUCCAACACAUCCAAUGCUGUGACCGAUGGAAGUGUUGCCAAUCAGACGGACGUAAAUGAGACCAAAAACGAUGAACUCUUAUACGAUCCGCAAUCCGAUGAAAAGGACCAGAAAUGGGUGGACAGGGAGUCGGCGACCACUGGUGUG